UGGUGCUUCAUUAAGAGGAAACCCAGAAGGUCAGACUUUGUGUCUGACUUGUAUUUUCUGUUCCUGCUUUGCAGCUACAGUAGCUGAAGUUACCCUUCACAUUCGGUUUGCUGAUGGUGCUCACGAAAUAAUACAGAGUCAUGGCUUGAAUCAGACUGCUAUGCUGCAAAUCACAGGAACAAGGAGGAGAGGAUGAAGCCUUGCCCAGGCCUGCUCGAUCCAUGACUGUGUGGCCAACAUUUCAGAAAUGGUCUAAAAGAAACCAGAAAGCAUGUUUGCUAGAGGGCAGCAUGGCAGAAGCAGGUGACCAGGAGCAUACACUGCAGUCAUGUUCAUCCAGCAAACCUCCAGACUCAGCAGGAGACAAGAAGAAAUCGUUGCCGAGGCAGUCUAUCUCGCUUGGGGUAGGAGAGUCCUUCCCAACAGAUGUGAACCUUUCAUACUCGGUCAGAAGAUGCUCUUCCAAGAUUAGUGAUCCUGAAAUCCAAGAGCUCAUCCGAAGAAGACUUCGCAUUUUACAAGGUGUUGACAAGGAGAUUGUGGCCAUGUUCAAUGAGCUGUCUGCAAGACUGAUAUCCAUUCAUACUGAGAAGGAUCUCUUUGUUAUUACCUUCAAAACAGUGGAAGAGGUCUGGAAGUUCUCGACAUACUUGGCAUUAGGCUAUGUUGCUCGAUGUUUGGAGCACCUGCUGUUUGACAAGGUCUUUUGGUUGCACGUGCCUGUUGGUGAAGAGCUGGAAAUUAUUGUUCAUGUGAAUCAACAUCGAUUGACAACAAUAUAUCUGGGGCUGCUGCUGCAGGAAGGAGUUUUUUGUGCGAGAGUACUGUAUGAUCUGAUUCAUGAUGAUGACAGCACCGAUGACCAUUUAGAGCUUUGUAAAGAUGGACUUGUUAACGUGAGGGAUAUUGGAGAAGAAAUGAAAUGGGAAGGAUUCUCAGUCACUACAGGAGCUCGAGGCCUGGUGCCAGUAGAAGCCAUUCAACCCCUGCCCAACCCUUUUCAUCAAUGGUUCUUGAAGAAUUACCCAGGAAAUGGUAGCAUUUCUGCUGUUGAAGUCUGUGAUCAUGUCAAGCAUCCUAUUGGGACUGGAACAUGCACAGCUGUCAGAGACUACAAGGGAGAUGGAGCAGAUGAGUUGAGUUUUUGUAGUGGUGAACACAUCAAAAUUGUUGGAUUCCUCAUUCUGGGUCAGCCAUGGUUUGUUGGAAAGUCAUUGUGCAGUGGGAAUACUGGAUUCGUGAGAGCAUCCCAUACCAUUCCAGAGAACUUCAAACCGCUGGAAAGUGAUCUUAUGUUUGUGAGUGAAGAAGAACGGUUAUCCUUGGCUCUGCCUCAACAUUGCACUGAAGAAUAUUGCACUGAAAUGCUGAAGAGGCUUGCACAGACAGACGUGAGCACAGUUUACAGACUGGACAAACAAGAAGUCCCCAAGGCACUGGGCCAGACUAACCAAAGCACUAUUUUACAAAGAUUCAAAGAAAGCACUUUAUCUGAAAGCUGGGAGUAUAAUACCGUAAAAGGCGAAAGUGAACUUGAUGAGUCUUCAUUAAAGGAGACUUCCAAUUGUCCGGAAGACUUAAUCUGUGGGGCAGAUGACUUAGAUGAUCCCAAGUUCUUUAUUGACCUUAAUGUGGAAGAUUCAGAUGAUCCAGAAGUGUUCGACCCCAUUCUGACUUUUCUGAAUGGUGACGUCUUCAUUAACGAUUUUCAAAACCUAUAUGAUCUUUCCUUUUCUUUUCUCAGUUCUACAUUCUAUGGAUUUUCUGAAGAAGAAGAUUUGGUCCAGUAUCUUCAGAUGUCAAGAGAAUGGGCAAAGAAGAACAAAAUGUCCUGGGCGCAUAGAAGGAUCUGCUUUCUUCUGGGAAGGUUAUGUGCAAAAAGUCAUAAGUUCUCUCAGGCUCGGGUUUACUUUGAGGAGGCAAUGAAUGUAGCAAACUGUGGCUUUUCAGACCCGCACUUUUUAGCUUGCCUGUACAUUAAUCUUGCAGCGAUCUACCUCAAGCAAAAAAUGAAAACUAAAUUAGAGGCAGUCCUGGAAAAAGCUGCUACCUUUCUCUUGUGCUUCCCACAGCAUACGUUUAGUACGGAGAAUGAACUAGAAGUUUUGUACUACAUUCUCCGCAAGGCAGUAACACUAAAGAAUAACUACUUGGAGGCACGUGUGUGUUUCCUUGUGGUAAAACUUUUUCUACAGCUAGGGAAGCAUGAGGAUGCUUUACCAUUUGCAGAGCGGCUGCAAGUCCUUCUGUUCCUCUUCUUCUCCCAUGCCAGUAGCAACUCGGUGGACAUAAGCUUUAUCCUUAAUAUACUGUAUGACAAAAAAUAUUUACCGCACAUUACCUUAGCAUCUAUUGGGCCUUAUAGGCCUGGAUGUGGAGGACGUGCUCUUACUGCGUUAUACAAGGUCGACCUGGUAAUAAAAAAUGUAUUUAAGCUCAGCGGGCAUCAGCCUCUCAAUGAGGAAUUUAUUCCAGCCGAGGCUUCACUCUGUCUUAAGCAGGCUUUGGCUUUUGCACACAGGAAUGGAAAUAUAAAGAUGCAGCAAAACCUUUGCAUUAUUUUGUCAAAGCUAUACCAGCAGUAUGGAGUGUUAGAUAUAGCCAUUGCUUACAUGGAGAAAGCAGUUGGGCUGGGGAAGUCUAUUAAUGAAGAAGAGGCCUUUACGUCUUCUGUAUCAUUAGCAUGGUUGUACAUUUCAAAUAACAACACAGAAAAAGCAUCAAAACUGUUGAAUUAUCUUCUAGGCUCUUUGCAAGAGACUGAUAGCCCUACACAGUGUGGUGUAGUUCACAAUCUCAUGGCAGUUGCCCAGAAAAGAGGAGGCGGCUUUCUGGAUGCAGCUAAAAACUACUACAGCGCACUUUGUCAUGCAAGGGAGACUGGAAACAAACGUAACCAAGCUGUUUCUCUCGCUAACUUUGGUAAGCUAGCCCUUUCAUGCAGAGCUCUUUCAUUAGCAGAGGGCUAUUUCAAACAAUCUGUACAUCUUUACUCCGAACUGCAGGAUCAUGUCACACAGGCAGAAGCGGCUAACGCUCUCCAAUGGCUGGGUCAGGUCUACAUAAUGAGAAAGAAGACAGAGAGUGCAAAAGUGUGUUACGAGCUUGCACUGGCAUUUGCUACAGUGUCAGAAAAUAUCCAAGGUCAGAUUCAAGCGACAAAAAGUCUUUGCCACUUCUAUAGAAGGAUUGUCCCUAGCUAUGGGCCAUGCAUUGCCUAUCAUGAACACUGGAUGGCACUGUCGCGUCAGCUGGAGGAUAAGGAAACAGAGGAGAAACUCUUGGAAACUCUCAGCCACUUCUACAGGGCUUUGAACACAGACAAAUCUCUCAGGAAAGCCCUAGAUUACACCAAACAAUGUCUACGAAUUCUCAUUGACUUGGGGAAGAAGAACAAAGUGGCAGAGACAUGGCUGAAGGCUGGGCAGAUCUAUUAUCAGUUGCAAGAGGAAGAACUUGUGGAAAUGUACUUCCAGGCAGCAACAGAGUCAGCAGAAAAGUCAAAUCUUGGCACAGAGUUUGUUGUGAGAAUGUAUGAAGAGGCUGGAGACGUGUUUUAUAAUGGGGACAGGAAAAGAGAAAAAGCUGUGCUCUUUUAUAAGGAUGGAGCUUUACCUUUGGUAAGACGAAUUGGUGAUCGCUAUACAGAGCUCAGGAUUUUCAACAAACUAACUGACCUUCAGAUGAGUCUUAAGAACUUGGAGAAGGCACUGGAGUAUGCCACCAUGGCUGUAAUACUCAGCUCUACUUCUGGUGAUAACUUGAUGGGGCUAGUUGCAUACCAUCGCCUGGCUACUAUCUACUAUUUACUCCAGCAGCAUGAGCUGGCAGAGAAUUAUUACCUGAAGGCAGUAUCCCUUGGCUCCUGUCUCUUUCAAUGUGCCUCAGAAGCCACAUAUUACAUCAAGGUAUACUGCAGGCUUGGAAACAUAACACUGAAUGAACUGAAGGACCCUCAUGAUGCUGCUGGCUACUACCAACUUGCAUUGGCUGCAGCAGUGGAACAAAGAAAUGUACCGGCUAUGCUGGCAAUUAGCGACAUACUGCUAGUCAUCUACAGGGACUACUUUGAGAAUGAAGAAAUGGGAUUGUAUUUUGCUCAGUGUGUAGAAUCGUGCAACAAAGAACUUCUUGUUGAACUAACAUCAUUUUGACAGUGACUGCAUAAGCUUUUCCUUGCUGCCAUAGCAGAGGUGUGCACCAUUUAAACACAGUGUGUUUGACAACUAUUCUACCUUCAUCAUAAGAAGUAGUGGUGAUGGUUUCCAUGGGCCGAACUCAAAACAGAAGAUAGAAUAUGGUGGAAAUCAGUAGAUCCUUGUAUUAUGUUACACCUAGCCACAAGGAACACUCAUGCACUCCCUGUAGUGCAUUGGGAAAUAAGCAGUCAUUUCUCAUUGUGUGCCUUAGAUUUACUGCUAAAAUAGUACAUCAGUACUUCAAGCUGCAGGACCGUUAAUGCUUUUUUUGAUUGUUGGAGAGAUGUUAUUUGUGUGUGUAUGUACAGCCACUUGUGCACUAAUAAUUAAUGGAAAAUAUUCUAUGCGUUUAUAAUUUGUUAUCUGCAGACAUGUGCCUACUCAAAUCUGUCUGUUCCAUGUACUACAAAUUUUCAGAAAUUUGUUUUUUUAUUGUAGUUGUACUCACCAUCCAGACAGAGUAACAUAAUUCAAAAAUUCUCCUGUGCCUGCUGUUUUUUAACUGUGCUCAUUCUGAACUGCUGCAAAACUUCCAAAUUGCUGGGAAAAUAUCAUUCCCAUACACAUUUGUUAAAUAGCUACCCACUGCAAAAGCCUAUAUUUUUAAUAUUGUGACAUGCUCUUUUUCGUUUGUGAAAUGCUGCUGUAUAACUACAUAAAAAAUAUUGCAGCAAAAUGAAAAACAUUUGCAAAUGUAAUAAAUUCCACAUUACGUAACUUGUGCAAUUCCAGGACAGGGUUUCUUUGAUAACACUUCUUGUCAGUGUUGGUUCUCAAGGUCUAAAGGUUAGCCUAUCUAUACAACCCUUCAAUGGGGACAGAACCUUGUUUUCACUGCUUGCCAAGUGUUAUUUUAUAUAUGUUUCCACAGAAGGAAUAGCUGGACACAUGCCCAGAAAGUGACUAUUUUUAAACAAGCUUCCCAUGUUCCUUGUGAGUCUAAUACCUGAAACCAGAGCCAGUGUGUGUUUACUGCAACAAAUUAGCAUUAGAACUGCAAUACUUUAUUAAAGACAGGUUUUUAACUGGAAAUAAAUUAUGAGGUUGCUUAGAAGGAUGUGAGAAAACUGUAGAUAGAAAUUCUUGUUUUGUAAAUCUACUGUAUUUCUAGCAAAUUCAGUAUUUAAUUAAACACAUUUAUGCAUUUCAGCAUAUUGACAUGCACUGUUUUAUACCAAAAAAUAUACCGUGAUGUCUUCCCAGACACAGUAUCAAAGCAUAUUUAGAAAUACAUUAUCAUGCUUAAAUAGGGGUUGGCAAAAACAGCUGGGUGUGGAUUAUCUGCAAUCUAUUCCACAUACGCUGACUUACAACUUUUAGAAAUUCUUGUUCUUUCUACAGUUGCAUUCCACAUCCACAUUGUAGCACAGUUCAGAAAUUCUCCUCUCUGUACCCACUCCAAGAAGGAGGGGGCAGAAGCUUCUGUCCAUGAUGAAGACACAUCCCUGGUAAUACGGAUGUGCCAACAACAACUGGACAGAUUACUGGUAAUACUGUGGCAUCUGGGGGUGGAGCUUGCUGACAGUGUGUAUAGUUAUGUGUGUUACAUCAGUAGCUCUGUGCCAUUAGGAUAUACCAAAAAAGUACUGCUGUGCAUAACGGGGGAGCAUAUGUGAUAACUCAGGCUGCUCUACUCCACUGCACGUCCCUUUCUCAACCUGCCAUUGCUGUGGCCCCAUCUCCUGGAGAAAGUUCCAGAAACACUUAAGGAAAAUGGUGAAUGAUGGUCAGCUGGGGAUCAUGAAAAUGUAGGGAGAAAAAACGUUCUCCUGUGCUUGUUUUUUAACUGUGCAUCUACCUACCAGUUGUAACAUAGCUGCAGUCUGUUUCAAACUAAACACUAUGCAAAUAUGAAGAGGAUAAAUAACCCUAUACAGUAAAUUCAGUGAAUCAGUAAAGACAUAGAUGAGAUGAUAAGAAAUGUCAAAGAUGUAAGUCUUCAGGGAUCUCAUAAUACUUGGCAGUAUAAUUAUGUAUAAUCAAUGUUGGUAGCAUUUUGAAUUCCUCAGCAAGAGAGUCAAAAAACGGAGUUUCAAGAUACAUCUUGGAAACCACGAAUACUAUCAUACCAACAAAGUGGACUAAGCAAGCUGUCUGAUUUGACACCAUUUGUUGUUUUACAUAUGUAGGGACCUGAUCAAUUAGAGGUCUUUGUGUUAUAGAAAGAACCAUGAAUGCUAGCCUUGAUACAUUUGGUGGCCAAUGCAGAAACCAUGGCAUAGGGUUAGUACAAUCCUAAUGAGAUUUAUUUAUUUUAUUUUACAUUUGUUUAUUGGGAUUGUCCAACUGGGACAAUGACCAUUUUCAGCAGAGGCCCGGCGAGAAAAGCUCCAGUCUAAGCUUACAUACAAAUUAUCACAACACGUAAUAGAAAUUAUAAACAUAAUUGACAAAAAUAUGAAUGUUAACACAUU